UAACGCCACAUUCACGUCGUUGUUUUCAUUUCUCUGCUAACUGAUAAGCCACUGGAGCCAAGAUUGUACGUACACACUUCAUGUACAUCAAAACAUUCUUGAUAUUGUGUUUUCCUGGAUUUGAAAGAAGUGUUUACUUUAAGUUUCAUUCAAUUUGAUAAUUCAAAGAGGAUGGUUUCAAAGAUAAGGCGUAUAUUGUUUCUUACCAUCGUCAAACAAGCAGUUGGCAAGAUACGAAAUUGAAGAAAUUCAGCCUUUAACGUUGCUUUUAUAAAAGUGCAUGUAUAUCCCGAAUUCACAUAGACUUAGUCAACAGCUGGUGUUUGUGGCUUGCAAAACUAAAAACAACAUGUGCAGGCGUUAAUAACAUUCAAUGUGAAGAUCGCUUACAACAGCCACACCCGAAACAACAAAACAGUUCUCACAGUGAAUUGAACGUUGGAAGGUUACAUCAUUCACACUUCGCAAUGAAUUUAAAUUCUUUGAUAAGUAUAUCAGUGGCAGCGUUACUCUUUGUUGGUGGAUUUGUUGGCGUAACGAGCAGAAGCGGCUUUUUACUGACGCUACCACAAGAGAUUCAAAAAGGAGCCGAAGAACGAUUCUGCCUGACCCUUUACAAUGUGACGGGCGACUUUCGGCUUGGGGUCAAUAUCUCGUGCUACGGCAGGGAAUUUCACAGAGAAGAGAGUGUGUUCAGUGAUGGAUCAAAUAGUUGUUUUGUUUGGAGGAUUCCCGAAUCAUUAACAGCUGGAACAUGUGACCUUCGCAUUUCUGGCAGCAGUAGGGAUUAUGAGGUCAGUGAAAAGCGUACAGUGGAGGUGGUGGACUCACAUCAGAUCACCUUCAUACAGACAGACAAACCAGUGUACAAGCCCAGUGAAACAGUCAGGUUCCGUAUAUUGACAGUAACGCAAGACCUACUUCCUGUUUUAAAUGAGGUCGGAAGAGUCAUAGUAGUUGACCCAAAUGGAGUGUACAUGAAACAAUGGACAGACCUGCCUGUACAAACAGGUCUGUUAAGUCUGGACUAUCGCCUGUAUGAUGAGCCUGUUCUGGGUGACUGGAGGAUAGAGGCAGAGGUCAAUGGCAGGACCACUCAGCAGAACUUCACCAUCACGAAAUAUGUGCUGCCCAGGUUCCAGAUUCAGGCCACACUUCCUGACAGCCUCACAGUGGCCACCAAGGUCAUCACUGUGAAAGUGUGUGCAAGAUUCACUUUUGGCAAACCAGUUGAGGGAUUCCUCAAUGCUUCUGUCUGCCUUCACAAUGUAGAGCCCAACUGGUUUUGUAUCGACCAGCAGAGACCAUGCGUGUCUAUUCAGUCAAAGAUUGAUGGAUGCCACAAGUUUGAUAUUGACACCAGUCUGUUGAACAUUACGCUGCGUAAAUACUCGCUGCUGUGCAAACCCCAGAUCAGACUGGUUGCAAAUGUCACAGAGAGGAAUAGCGGUAUUGUUGUGCGGGAAACAUUUGAUGGAGUCGGCGUAUGGGAGGAGAGAGUGAGGAUGCACAUUCAUGCCAACAAACAUUUCAAACCUUUCUUUCCUUAUAUUGGGAAGGUGUAUGUGUGGAAACCAGAUGGCUUGCCCGCAGUCAGUGAAGACAUUUCCUUGAAUAUUGAUCAACUUGGCAUUAGGGUUACCCUGACUACUGACAGCACUGGGCAUGCCCAUUUCACACUUCACAAUUUGACCACGGCAACAUCAUACUUUGUAAUAAAUGCCCAGACACUGGAUUCAGAGAACACAGACCAGAAACUGUACACCAUCUACCCUGCCAAGACGAAGAGGCAUGUGAAACAGUGGUAUUCCCCAACCUCGACCUAUAUUGACCUCUACGUGACCCCCAGGGAGCGUCGUAAUUGCGGGGACAAUGUUAACAUUAACAUGGCCUUCUCUGAGGGGCCAGAUGCACAGAUAGUGGCUGCAUACUAUCAGCUGAUUUCUAAAGGAAACACUCUCAAAAUCGAAGACAUCACAGACAACAUUCGAUUCAGCAGGAAAUACACAAUGAAAACCCAAGGCACUAUAUUGACCCCAAAGAAACCAGUGGAGGAUGAAGAUAGCUCUGAGGAGGAGGACUCUGAUUUGGAGGAGAACGUUGCAGUCGCUGGACCGCCACAUUUAGGGGCAGCCUUUGGGCCCCCUGGGACAGAGGGGGGAAGCAUGGGACCCCCUGGGACCAGUGGGGUUGAUACUCAGGCUGAGGCUCAGGGUCGUGCCCAAGUAGCCCCUAUAGAGUCCCUGGGGCUUGAUGAAUCUAAAGGAGUAGGUACAAAGAUAGAUGACUCCAGCAUCAAGCGCCUGAUGCAGCCACCAAGUCAGCGAGAGUUCACAAUCAAGGUGGUCCUCUCAGAGGUCAUGACCCCACGGGUCAGGGUGUUGGUCUACAUGGUAACAGACACUGGGGAAGUGGCGGCAGACUCCAUAUAUCUGGACAUUCUUCACUGUCAUAGGAAUAAGGUGAAGAUGUCGUUCGACAAAGGCAACGCUCGUCCCGGUGAGCCUGUGGAGAUGACCAUAACAGCCACUCCCCACUCCCUGUGCACGGCCAGCAUGGUGGACAAGGGCGUGUACCUGGUGGGCGGGGUGAACCUGCUGCUACCCAGUCACCUUGACGACACGCUGGAACGGUACGACCUCACCUCGGACUUUGUCAACGACUGGCAGUACUGCUCUGAUACGUCUGUUUUGCCUCCUGAUUUCUCCAAUGCUGAAGGUCCCCCAUUUUCCCCAGGGACCCACCCCCUGGAUGACUGGUUGGACAGCGACUAUAGCCCGCUGUUGAGGAAGAGGCGCUCCAUCAUGCAGUACAACAGCAAUAUGUAUGACUCUCUACUGGCCUUCAAGACUGCCGGUGUAAUGGUGCUGACUGACCUUGACCUUCUGACCCGACCUUGCCUGCACAGCGGGGAUAAUCUUGGACCCCCGUACCUGCCCAGUGACCCUAAGGGACCAAUCCCGGGGCCAGGGGGAUUCCUGGACCCACUGGAACCCACAGAAGACCCAACAGAUGUGCGACCUCCAGUAACUAUCCUGAGGAAGAAUUUUCCUGAAACAUGGCUGUGGGACCUUUACGAAGUGACUUCAAGUGGUUCUGUCAGUUUUACCCAGACCAUGCCAGACACAGUAACCCAGUGGGUGGGGAACAGUUUGUGCUUGCACGAGUCAGCAGGUCUUGGUAUUUCUGAUGUUGCAAAGGUUACGGGAUUUCAGCCCUUUUUUGUUGACGUGAGCCUUCCGUAUUCCGUUGUCAGAGGGGAAAAUGCUGAGAUCAAAAUAACUGUGUUCAACUAUCUGCCACAUUGCAUAGCUUUACAAGUGGACAUCAGGAAGCAAGCUUGGUUCUCCCUUCUAGCCCAUGAGGAUUGGCAAUUCUGUGUAUGUGCCGGGCAGAGCGUUGCUAAUAGUUACCACAUAGUUCCCAGCGAGAUAGGUGUCCACAUGUUAACGAUAUCGGCCUUUAUUCGUGAGCAUCGGGUUUCCUGUCGUUCCACAGUGGCGCCACCUGGUUACCAUCGUAAACACGUGACUGAACUGGUGGCGCGAAAACUUAUUGUGGAGGCUGAAGGACUUGAGGAAGAACGAACACAGUCUCAGUUCAUUUGCCCACAAGAUAGCCCUGAUGGUGUGCUGGCCUUGUCCUUGACCCCUCAGAUCCCUAGCAGGGACUUCAUCGUCAAUGGUUCCUUAAGGGGCUGGAUAAACAUUGUUGGAGACAUCAUGGGUCCGGCACUGGAGGGUCUCGCUGACCUCAUACAGCUGCCGACUGGUUGUGGAGAGCAGAACCUCGUCAGACUGGCUCCCAACAUUGCAAUCCUGCAGUACCUCACAGCAACCAGUCAACUCACUGACGAUGUGGAACUACGCGCCCUUAAUCAUCUUAAUAAAGGAUACCAACAGCAGCUGAAGUUCAUGCACAAGGACGGUUCGUACAGUGCCUUUGGUGCAGCAGACAACACUGGGUCGACGUGGCUGAGUGCCUUCGUCUUCAAAACGCUCAGUCAGGCGGAGAAUUUCAUCUUCAUUGACCGCAAACAAAUCCAGGCGAAGACUUGGGAGUUUCUCUUAUACCAGCAAGGGGAAGAUGGAUGUUUCUAUGAGUCUGGUAAGGUGCUGGGCAAGUACAUGAUGGGAGGUGUGGGGGCCAACAAAAAGGGCCACAGGCAGGCGCUUACGGCUUACGUGCUUGUGGCCAUGCUGGAAUCCUUCCAGAUGAUGAGAGAACGCACACCUCCGUUCGUUGCUCUAGCCAUUCGUUGUAUCGACGUUGAUGACCUGAACGACACUUAUACCCAGGCUCUGGUGGCCUAUGCCAUGGCGCUGUAUAAACCACAGAGCCAGUUCUCUGAUAUUGUUAUCAACCAACUAUUGGAGAAGGCAGUUAAACAAGAUGCCAUGAUGUUCUGGAGACGUGAAUACCAGCCGGAUAUUUUGUCGGGUCAAGGUCGUGCAGCGUCCGCGGAGGUGGAGAUGACCUCGUACAUUCUGCUGGCAAUUCUCACUAAAGAUGAGCAGGCUCCCAUCAGUAAUGUCAUACCAAUUGUCAGAUGGCUGGCUAGCCAGACAAAUUCCUAUGGAGGAUUUGCCUCAACCCAGGACACUGUGGUGGCUUUACAGGCCUUGUCCCUGUUCAGUCGACGUAUCUACGGUAGCGGCCUGGAUGUCAAGGUCAAUGUACUUGAUAGUUUCGGCUUAGUCAGGGACUUCCAUGUGUCUUCUAGCAACAGAAUUGUGUUGCAGCGUCAGGAUCUGGCACACCCAGACUCAGUGUUGAAGGUCUCUGCAAAAGGGGAAGGUUGUGUGAUGCUACAGUUGACAUCAAGAUAUAACAUAGAGAACAAGGUGAUAAAAGAUAACAGGUUCAACUUGACUGUCAGAACCCCCGUUACCAUGGAGAUUCUCAACAAAAAAUGUCGACGGAGACCAGUUAGCAUUUGCGCUAGUUAUCUAGGCAACAGUGGCCAUAGCAACAUGGUUGUCAUAGAAAUGAAAGUUCCCAGUGGUUGGCAGCCUGAUUUGGACCAGCUUCAAAAUCUGUUGAAUUCUGUUGAACUUGGCAUGAAGAAGUAUGAAGUGGACAGUCCAGCAAGAAACACUAUCAAUUUCUACUUUGACCAGCUGGACACUUUGGCCCGGUGUUUCAGUGUCACGCUGUGGCAAGAAGUGCGUGUGGACAAUAACAAACUAGCUGUGGUCAAGGUCUAUGAUUACUAUGAAACAGGUGAGCAGACAAUGACAUUCUAUGAGAUGUCGGCAUGCUCUCUGGAAGCCGUGGAAACAAUUGACGUGAGCAUUGAGCCCAAAUCUGUUGCACAGACACCAGACGCCAUUCUUCAGACAGACAUACUUGAGCAGCCCAGAUCUGGGGGGAGCAGUGAAAAUGCAGCCUCCACCGGGGAAGUUGUGGAACCAGAAGGAGCAGCCACCAUCGGGGAAGUUGUGGAACCAGAAGGAGCCUCUGCUCCCAAGUUUCCCUUUAAACAGACGUGCCCCAAGUGCUUUAUCACUGGAACAGUGGACCUAAUGGCAAAACUAUGCUCCAGACAAGUGUGGAUUAUUGAGAAAGCUGGUAACCAAGGUAAUGAGUCCCUUACCCUUCAAGUGAUGGCUGCUGAUGGUGUGAGUCCUGAACUUUCAAUCUCCAUGCCAACGGGCUUGCUUUCAUGCCCAAUGUGUGAGCCAUUCUUUGCAGGAAAUGGCUUGAAGAGCAUCGUGUUUCUGGAGCCCUUCGACUGGCAUGCUUUAGGGGCCAACAUCCUGCACGGGUCAAACCAGGUGAUUGUCUGGUCAGAGUCCCUGCAGGAGGCCCUUCUUGGGGCCCUCACCUCCUGUCCACGACCUUGACCUUGAAAACUUGGGGCUUGGACCUAGCCAUAGUGGUGGUUUUGCUUUUCAAUACUGAAACAUUUGUGUGAUAUGUUUUCGUUAACCCAAUCAUUGGUGUAUUUUUUUAAAAUAGCUAUUUACCUGAAAAUCAGAGCAAGUUUUACUACUAGAACUGUCAGUCCUUUGCUUGUAUAUUUCUGUACAUGUAUUGAUAUUUGUGUGCAAUUUACUCUCAAAUAUAGACUAGCUGAUGGUUAAUGUGAGUCAGAUGCAACUAUAUCUUCUUUUAUAUUUAUGCCCCCGCAAUCUUGUAAUGCCGAGGGGUAUAUUAUCGAUUUGCCUGUCCGUUCGUCAAUCCGUCCAUUCUUUGUCCAGCCUUUGAGAAGAACCCAGGAUGACAUGUUUCAUAUAAUAUCAAUGCUGCUUUAACAAAGCAUUGAUACUUGAAUGGAUGUUUUCGUUGAAUAUUCUAAUGGAAACCUCACACAUUGAACUCAUUUCCACAUCGGCAUUGACCUUAUUUUGGAUUAUCACUAAUUGAGUAGAGCCAAAUUAUUUGUUAACCCAAAAUGACACAUUUUAUUUAGUAUCAACAUCGCAUGCUACAAAGCUUUGGUACUUAAAUAGAUGUUAUCUAUGAACACUAUUAAUCUACCCAAAUCACUUUGACCUCAUUUUGACCUUGACAUUGACCUACUUUUGAACUGACACUUCUUCAAAUGGACCAAUGAAUCAAUAUUGACAAUACCUCCACCUGGGGCAUCUGCAUUUAAUGAACACAUUAUUUGUCAUAAAUAAAAAAUAUAUCAAUUUAAGAUUCAA